AUGGAAGACAUUGAAGAUUUGCUGAUUGGAAACAGAAGCACAACUCCACCGGGCUUCCGUUCGCCGUUACCGGCGGCUGUGGGCGUUGGCGUUGGGAGCAAACGGAAUAUACUCUCUUCUUCGCCUUCUCCUGCAUUAAGACCUUUGGCUGCUCCCAUAACCAGGCAAGUGUUGUUUUGUGCUGUGUUACUCAUUCUUUCCUUGAAAUCCCCAAGUCAAUCUGCCAUGGAUACCAUCAUAACAAAAGGAAAAUCUUUAAAUAAACCUCUAGUUGUUGCUGGCUGUGUCCCUCAAGGAAGUCGAAAUUUGAAAGAGCUGGAAGGCAUCAGCAUAGUUGGAGUCCAGCAAAUUGAUCGUGUCGUUGAAAUUGUAGAGGAGACUUUAAAGGGUCAUGAAGUGCGCCUUUUGACCCGUAAGAAAUUGCCAGCACUUGACCUUCCAAAGUUAAGGAAGAACAAGUUUGUUGAGAUUCUUCCUAUUAAUGUUGGUUGUUUAGGUGCUUGCACUUAUUGCAAGACAAAGCAUGCUCGGGGUCACCUAGGAAGUUACACGAUUGAUAUCCUUGUUGACCGUGUAAAAUCUGUCAUAUCUGAUGGAGUCAAAGAGAUAUGGCUUAGCAGUGAGGACACUGGAGCAUAUGGUCGUGACAUUGGCGUCAAUCUUCCAACUUUAUUGAAUGCCUUAGUAGCAGAACUACCAGCUGAUGCAAGCACAAUGCUAUGUAUUGGAAUGACCAAUCCACCUUAUAUCCUUGAACACUUGAAAGAGAUAGCCGAGAUUUUGCGGCAUCCUUGUGUGUACUCUUUUCUGCAUGUACCAGUUCAGUCUGGAAGUGAUACUAUUUUGAGUGCAAUGAAUCGGGAAUAUACUGUGGAUGAGUUCAGGACUGUUGUAGAAACUCUGACUAAGCUUGUGCCAGAGAUGCACAUUGCCACUGAUAUAAUAUGUGGAUUUCCUGGGACACCUGCUGCAAGGAUGAAAAAGGUUCCAAGUAAUGUGGUUAAAAGAAGAAGCCGAGAACUGACAAAUGUCUUUGAAUCAUUCACAACAUACUCUGGGAUGGAAGGCAAAGUGGAAAGAAUUUGGAUUACUGAUAUUGCAUCUGAUGGAAUUCACUUGAUGGUCUGUUUUUGGGAAGUAAUUGAGACAAUCGACCGUGUAAGUGGCAAUAAAGUUCUAAACAAGUUGCUUCCUGAUCGGGAUUUGCCUUCUCUUUGCGGUAUCUCAGCCAAGGCUGGAGGAUUCUCAGAAGAGCCAGAAUCUUGUGCCUGUGGAAGUGACGUCUGUUGUGGUAUUGAUAAGAGUGAUAAUUCAAGAGGCACGGCAGUGCCACAGAACCAAAGCAAAAAAAGUUUCAUUGGAUGGAUGCUGAGGAAGCGGGAGCAUCUGCACAAAAAGGUUGAGAGCGAGCUUGCCUCGGGAUCUGUUAAAAAACAUGAUGGAAGGAUGAAGUGGGACUUCGUAGAUAAUAUUCUUUUGAGUGAAAUAUCUAUCAGCAUCCUAACUAUUAUUGCUCUAGUAGCAGCUCUUACGUUCAGAGUUUUUUGGUCCAAGUAA